GUUGGGAGGAGCAAGCCGGAGCCCGCAACGGGCGCGAUCCGCAGCUGCGUGACUCGGCGCCCGCAGUUCGGGCGCAGCGCGCCAGGCUCAGGAGCGCGGAUGCCCCCCGGAGCCGCGGGCUGGCAGGUCUUAGGUCCUGAGGCCGCUGGCAGACUAUGGGUACAACGGCCAGCACAGCGCAGCAGACGGUCUCGGCGAGCGCCCCCUUUGAGGGCCUCCAGGACAGCGGCACGAUGGACAGUCGGCAUUCACUCAGCGUCCACUCCUUCCAGACCACGAGCUUGCACAACAGUAAGGCCAAGUCCAUCAUCCCCAACAAGGUGGCCCCUGUCGUGAUCACGUACAACUGCAAGGAGGAGUUCCAGAUCCACGAUGAGCUGCUCAAAGCCCAUUACACGCUGGGCCGGCUCUCGGACACCACCCUUGAGCACUACCUGGUGCAGGGCCGCUACUUCCUGGUGCAAGAUGUUGCUGAGAAGAUGGAUGUGCUAGGCACUCUGCAGAGCUGUGGGGCCCCCAACUUCCGGCAGGUGCGGAGUGGGCUGGCUGUGUUCGGCAUGGGGCAGCCCAGCCUCUCGGGAUUCAGAGGUGUCCUCCAGAAGCUCCAGAAGGACGGACACAGGGAGUGCGUCAUCUUCUGUGUGCGGGAGGAGCCUGUGCUGUUUCUGCGUGCUGAUGAGGACUUCAUGCCAUACACGCCUCGAGACAAGCAGAAUCUUCAUGAGAACCUCCAGGGCCUUGGACCUGGGGUCCAGGUGGAGCGCUUGGAGCUGGCCAUCCGGAAGGAGAUCCACGACUUCGCCCAGCUGAGUGAGAACAAGUACUACGUGUACCACAACACUGAGUACCUGCGGGGGGAGCCCCACGCCGUGGCCAUCCGGGGCGAGGAUGAUGUGCACGUGACGGAGGAGGUGUAUAAGCGGCCCCUCUUCUUGCGGCCCACCUACAGGUACCACCGUCUGCCCCUGCCAGAGCAAGGGGCGCCCCUGGAAGCCCAGUUGGAUGCCUUCGUCAGUGUCCUCCGGGAGACGCCUAGCCUGCUGCUGCUCCGCGUGGCCCGCGGGCCUCCGCCCGCUCUCCUCUUCAGCUGCCAGACGGGCGUGGGCAGGACCAACCUGGGCAUGGUGCUGGGCACCCUCGUCCUGUCUCACCACAGUGCGGCUGCUUCGAGGCCGGAGGCUGCCCCUGCGAAGACCAAGCCACUGCCCACGGAGCAGCUCCAGCUGGUCCAGAGCUUUCUCCACAUGGUGCCCCAGGGGAGGAGGAUGGUGGAGGAGGUGGACAGAGCCAUCGCCGCCUGUGCAGAGUUGCAUGACCUGAAGGAAGUAGUCUUGGAGAACCAGAGGGAGCUGGAAGGCCGCCGGCUCGAGACCCCGGUCCAGGAAAGCGGUAGCCAGCACGGUGUCCGGCAGAGGGCGCUACAGAGCCUGGAGAGAUACUUUUACCUAAUCCUGUUUAACUACUAUCUCCACGAGCAGUACCCGCUGGCUUUUGCCCUCAGUUUCAGCCGCUGGCUGUGUGCCCAUCCUGAACUGUACCGCCUGCCUGUGACACUCAACUCAGUGGGACCUGUGGCCCCCGGGGACCUCAUUGCCACGGGCUCCCUGGGGGUGGAUGACCUCAUCUCCCCGGACGCACUCAGCACCGUCAGAGAGAUGGAUGUGGCCAACUUUCGGCGGGUGCCCCGUUUGCCCAUCUACGGCACGGCCCAGCCCAGUGCCAAGGCCCUGGGGAGUAUCCUGGCCUACCUGACCGACACCAAGCGGAAGCUGCAGCAGGUUGUGUGGGUCAACCUGAGAGAGGAGGCUGUGCUGGAGUGUGACGGGCGCACCCACAGCCUGCGGCGGCCUGGGCCCCCCACGGCCCCCGACCAGCUGGAGAACCUGGAGAGCCAGCUGAAGGCCCACCUGAGCAUGCCUCCCCCAGGCGCCCAGGGCCCACGGACUCGCAGGUUCCAGACGUGCCUCACCCCACAGGAGGUCUUCAGCCAGCACCGCGGGGCCUGCCCCGGCCUCAUCUACCACCGCAUCCCCGUGCCAGACUUCUGCGCCCCCCGCGAGGAGGAUUUUGACCGGCUGCUGGCGGCCCUGCAGGCUGCGCUCGCCAAGGACCCGGGUACUGGCUUCGUGUUCAGCUGCCUCAGCGGCCAGGGCCGGACCACGACCGCCAUGGUGGUGGCUGUGCUUGCCGUCUGGCACAUCCAAGGCUUCCCCAAGGUGGGUGAGGAGGAGCUUGUGAGUGUGCCUGAUGCCAAGUUCACCAAGGGCGAGUUUGAGGUGGUGAUGAAGGUGGUGCAGCUGCUGCCCGACGGGCACCACGUGAAGAAGGAGGUGGACGCGGCGCUGGACACGGUCAGUGAGACCAUGACGCCCAUGCACUACCACCUGCGGGAGGUCAUCAUCUGCACCUACCGCCAGGCGAAGGCCGCCAAGUCCGAGCAGGAGGCCCAGAGGCUGCAGCUGCGGAGCCUGCAGUACCUGGAGCGCUACAUCUACCUGGUGCUCUUCAACGCGUACCUCCACCUGGAGAAGGCCGGCUCCUGGCAGAGGCCCUUCAGCGCCUGGAUGCGGGAGCUCGGCCCCUGCUGCCUUCCAACCGUGACCUUGGACAAGUGGCGGCAAAGGCUGGCGUCUACGAGAUCCUCAACCAGCUGGGCUUCUCCGAGCUCGAGAGCGUGGAGGACCAGCCCUUCUCGAGGCUGCGCUGCCGGUGGCAGGAGCAGAGCCACAGCCCCGAGCCCUCCGCUGCAGGGGACUUCCUGUAGGAAGGGGACUUCCUGUAGGACGUGCUCCCCCUGUCCCUGCUACCGCCCCCUCCCACAGGGCCACCUCCCACCACCCGUGCAGGCUGGGGGUGCCCGGUGCUGUUUGCUGGCAAUGGCCCUGAGAAAUGAUCCCUCAGCUUCAGAGAGAGACUGGGGCAGGUGGGGACCCCUUUUUUGAAAAAAAGUUUUUAUAGGACCGUGGGCGCACAGUGAUACCUUGUAAAUGGCAGGCGCAGGGAGGGCCUGCCGAAGGGCCCGGUGUGGCAUCAGCCCUCCCAGGCGCUCACUCCCCACGUUGCCAAGCGCAGCUGCUCGCCACGUCACCCUCCCCUGCGCAGUUCUGAUGGCCCCUGGCACGGAGCAGUCCUGGCCGGUGCUGGCUUCCCUCUCCCUCUGUCACCGCUUUCCCACGCGGCUUCUCCCCUUUGGCUGCCUGAGCGCUGCCCUGGGGGCCCGGGCUCCUUGGGGAGUGGACUGCGGGCUGGCUGAUUUGUGACCUGAAAGGCAGCUUUACCCAGUUUUCUUGCCCCUCACGCCUCGUCUCAGCCUGGAGACUUGAAGAAAAGGACAACCACACGCCUGGUGGGUCCGGCAGAGGCCUCUGCCUCUCCUUCCUUUGCCCUCUCCCCUCCCCUGGGGUGGCAGGGCUGUGGAGGGUUCCAGGGAGCUGAAAACAAAACGGAGUCCUUCUCAGGGGAAGAAAGAGCUUCCAGGAGAGGCCAGCUCCGUUUCCCUGGGACCACGGGUGGGACGUCUGGGGAAGCACUUCCUCCCUGCCCCGCCACCACAGUGGCCCUUGCCCCCGCUUGCUGCGGCAGGAGCCCCAGGGACUGCUGGGUGACUCUGAGUGAGCAGUGGGGUGUGUGAGAGCAGGCCAAGGAUGGCUUGAGGGGGCCCUUGGGUUCCAGGCCGUCCUCGCUGAGCACCCUCGAGCUGCCUUCCCGUGGCGGGAGCAGGAGGAGCCAUGUGCUGCAGAGUUAGCAGCUGCCGGGACCAGCUCUGUGUGGGCAGUGGAAGGGUUGCUCAGUGGGAGGGUUGCUCAGAGAGGCAGGCGGUGUUGAGCUGAGAGUCUGUGGCCCUCCCUCUGGGGACUCGUGUCCCCUGAAAUGCAAGGGCUGAACGGUGUGGAUGCAGUCUUCCUGGCCAGGCUCGUUGGCGCCAAGGAGGUCUCUCUUGGGUGGACGCUGGCGCUUGUGCAGAAAAAUAGCUGCUGUGUCACUGGUCAUGGUAUUUUGCAAAGGGGGUGGAGGCCAGAGUUGUUCACAUCUACCUAGUGUUGGAAAGUUUAUGAUCAUUUUGGCUGAAUUCUUUUGCAAAUCUACUGUAUGUCAGUUCACUACCUUCUCGGAUUUGUUGUUUUUGUUUUUAUUUUUGCAUGUAAUAAAAAGUGUUAAUUUCUUUGCAGACAAGGUCUUAGAUGAGGGGUCAGACCAGGGCUGAACUGGAGGGGAUCCUUCACAUUCUCACAGUUGGCCCUGACUUUCAGCUGUGCUGGGACUACUGGCUGGUCACAUCACCUCUCUGCCUCAGUUUCCCCAUCUGUAAAAUGGGAGAAUAAUACUUGCCUACCUACCUCACAGGGGUGUUGUGAGGAUUCAUUCAUGAUUUUUUUUUUGUACAGAGCUUUUGAACA